UGCAGUUUACAACUAGCAACAAUCAUUAGGUUUACUUAUUUGUGGCUAAAAUGCAGAAACUCGAUAAGCAUUUGUAUUUUUGUUAUACGCGACCUGGUAGCUCUUUAUGUAGUUGAAAGCGGUUUAAAAUGGAAGUUUGGCGAAGUUGAAGGUCUAGUGAAGGGGAAGCACGCAGACAGACCCUGGCCGCUCGCGAACGAGCCAACAGCAUCUAAUCCAGUGAAGAAUCCAACGCUAGUCACAAACUUUGUUGUCAUGGCCGUGAAUGGGCGAAAGGCGUGAAACCUCGUUUAGCUUCGGCGACCUCGUUUCGAAAACAGCCGUGACGUUUCGCUUUUCCUGAGAGGAGUUUUUCUGCGCGCUUUUCUCGGCAACAGCAAAGCGAGCUUUCUCGGAAAGCGGGGGCGACGACCAGCUCAGCGGGUGCCAUGGCGUCGUCCAAAGUGCGUGAGCAGGUGGAGUCUUACUUUCGCGAGCUAAACUACGCUUCGUCGAGGAUCGUCGAAGACAUGUCAAUCAUUCGGCAAGCGCACGGCGACGACUGGGAUCGCAUAUCGGAAAAGAAGAAAACGGAGAUCGCUUGGCAGGCGUUGGUCGGCCCGGAUAUCAAAGAGAAGUACAACUAUUACCCAAAACAGUAUGCCGAAGUUGAAGUGUUUCCCGUCAUCGGUCUCAACACGGGCGACCGAAUGGUAUCGGACGAGGACGCUGCAAAUGCAAGGACUGCAAAGGCAGGGUGCUGGCGAGACGAGCAUUCUGCACCAUUCAAUUGGGAAACCCAGAGCCAGCUGAACAUGCGCAUCUUUGACUCAGUCGACGAAGUUGAUCGGAAAGAUGCCGCAGAGGAUUCAGUCACCAACGUUCCGGUAAAUGAACAGCAAACCUGUGGCCUGGCUUCCCAGCAAGCCUGCUGUGCCCCAAGCUCUGCUGAAAGUAAAAAUUUGGGAAGUACAGCUGUCGAGGUGGAUAACAAGGUUACCAGUGGAGUCAGCGUUGUGAUGACCAGCACCUUCAAACCCUGCCUGGUUAGCAGCAGUGCCUCCGAGCCCAACGUCGGCAGAGUAGCCAGCUCAAAACCUGACACCUCGACCAACACUCUGGAUGGCUCGGGCCUCAAGCACGUCAAAUUCAGCAACGGCGUAGAGUCAAGAGUUCCGCCGGCUGCACAGAAUCGAGGCGAGUCGAGGGCUGUCGUUGGCGGAAGCCUGCCAAGAGUGAUUCACGCAGAUCCCAAGGUUCAUGCUGGCAGCAGUGCCAUCGAAGCCAAGAUUCCGGAGCCGAGGCCUCCUCCGCCGUCGAGGUCGCAGGAAUCCGUGUGUUCGAUCGCGUCGCGGGGAUCCUCGAAUCCCCCGACUCCCGUGGAACGGAAGGGGCGCCGAAGGGCCCCGACACCACCGAAGGCUCCUCCUCCGGAUCCACCUCGGCCAAAAACGGCACCACCCAAACCACCAGCUGCAGCAGCACAUAGCCAGAAGCCUCCGGAAGCUCCCAGGAAGCAUCCGUCAUCGAAGCCACCCGCACCGCCUAUACCCACGGUCAAGUCACCCACCCGAGAGGCCGCGCCCAGACCGACCGAGAAGGAGGCUCCUGUGGAGGCCAUGCCAGUACGCCCUCCAAGGCUCCCAUCGCCACCGAAAGAUGAUCCAAAAGACAGUGAAAGAACUCCCAAGGAACCCAUGGCAGUUACAAGCCCUGAGGGGAUUCCAAAGACUGGAUUUGACUUUCUCGACAACUGGUAACGUGAAUGCCACUGACAUGUCAACUGAGACAAUGGAACCCAAUUGAGUGGACUUAAUAGUAUAUGCUAUAUACGCGGUGUUCCACGACUCUGCUGUGUGUUUUGUACUGGAGUUCAGGCUGUAUUGGUAUAGUCAGCUGAUACUGUGCACUGCUCCCUGCCCCUCCCCCAAGUAUGCUGAAUUAUGAUGAACUUCUUUUUAGAUGCGAAAAUGGCUGUCAUUUUGGACUUUAUUUCGAUGUCACCAUAGAAGUUGGGAAAGGGCAGAUGUUGCCUGCGUGACAAUAUUCGAGGGAAAAGGAGUUCCAUGCUGAAGUUUUGUAAGUGAAAUAUGUUUAUGAGAAGUGUAUUGGGUGUUGUUUGAGUAUUGAGGGCCCUGUUCUUUGGAAUGAUUCAUUUAAUUUUCCUUUCGUUUACAUUUCGUCAUUGGCUUGGAUGUCACCAUUAUCACCGAGAUCAGCCACAUGACGUGACGGAGGAUAAAAAAUAUGGAAAUGAAAAUGAGAUGAGCCAUUACGUAAUACUGUUUUAAUUACCAUAUAGGUGGUGGAGGUGCUUCCCCUUCAGUAUGUCUUAACAGACAUAGAAAUGGUAUAGGUGCUUCUUGGGUAAGGUGAGGGCUGACCAGGUGUAGUGAAAAUGUUGCGUCAUGGCUUGCUUUGGCUUCAGUUUUGGCAUGACGCUGAGACUCAAUUUUAUUAGCAAGCACUGCAGUCUCUCGGAAAUAUGCUUGCAGCCUAAAGCUCCAUUCAUGCAGCUGUCUUUCAUUCUGUAUCUUGCCAACUCGAGAGAAAAAAGCCUUUUGGCGAGAUCAGCGCAGUUUUCAGCAGCUGCAGAUCAUAGACGAAUAGUUGCCAGUGUCAUGUUACUGCGGUUGCCUGUUGCUGGUUGUCUUGUGUUCCAUGGUGGGAUGAGGGUUAAGGACGCCCUUAGAAGCUGAGAGCUUUGCCCUAAGGGCUUAGACAGAAAAUGAACAGGAUGGUUGCCGAGUAAGACAAUGACUGCUGGUCACUCUAAGAAGGGUUGUGUGAAUGGAGCCUAACAUCAUUGUCAAACUUUCAAGCAUGCUUCUGUUGAUGCAGAUUGAACUGGUCACAAAUUGCUCGUAAUGACACGUAACUCUCAAGCAUGCUUAACGCUGAUCCUGUUGUACUCGCACACUUUUUGGUUCAAUCAUAACCGGAGAGACCCAAUGCAGGUUGAGCUCAAUGAGAAUCGGAAGUCCUCUGUGACAGGGAUAUAUUGCAAAUGCUGUGUAAGCAAGGGUUCCUACCCUUAUCAACUGAGCUCUGCCUAUUCCAUUUUUCAACCGAAAAUAGGUGUUUUUGAUGGGAGAUGUGUGUGUGUGUUCACCACACUCACUGUCCCCUAGGCUCGGCUGAGACAAAUGCUGCCACUAAAGGGGUUGCUACUGGGGUCACCAUAGGGGUAAGGUGUGUGCUGAGUGGUCAAGUUCUAAUCAUCUGGUGAAAGCCAAUUUUAGAAUAAAAAUAAUGAAAGUUUAGGCCAUAUAAAUGCAUGAGCACUGGCUGCAACCUUCGUUUGGGAUCAAAUUAUCAGAAAAAUCGCAUUAAUCAAAGUCGUGUCAAUGGAAGUCUACUCUGUAUAAAGAUUUGUUCGGUUUUAAAGCUAGUCUGGCUGUGUGGAAACAAGAGCAUGUGCAAUUACGGUGUAUUCUCAACUAGAUAUGACAGUGUACUUUUUGUUAAACGUUCACACCCAGAGGAUGGUUCUAUGACAAAAUUCUGGCUGCACUAACAUUAAAGAGUUUCAGCAUGUCCGUAUAAGCACUACUAUUUAUGGAAUAUAUGUAGUACCAAAGCCAUGGACAGUAGCAGUGCACCUCCUGUCUACAUUGCUAGAGUUCUGUAAAAGGUAACGCAAUUGCUCCUAUGGUAGUACGGUACUCUCUGUAGGUUGUGGCAGCUGUUCUCAGCAGAGCUGCCUAGAAGUUUUCGGAGCUCUUUCUGACACUGUCCAUUGCAUCAUAUUGUGUCAGACACGAGGCUCUGCCUUUUCUGAGUGCGAACUUUCAUACUCUCCUUGUGAUCUAGCAGAAGAACAGGGGACACACUCUCGGAAGAUUGCUUUUGGGGAUGUCGCUUUCAAUGCGAACUGAUUAGCUAAACAAGUGGAUGGGAUGCUGGUCGCUCCAGCAAGUCGUCGGGCUGGGCGUUUCGUCGUGCAAAAGUGAGAGUGUCCUUGAAUGUGGUAGAUGGAGAAUACAGUCCAAGGUCUAUGAUCGCAUGUAUUUUGAGAGAGAAACCGAAAAAGGAAACUUCCAAUCUACCAAAUAAACAAGGAUGAGACACGCUGCUAGGAGACACUCAUCGGUGGACGGUUGCAAGUUUUGGCACUUUUUGCAUUUACUGCUGCUUCAAGUUGUCAGUCGUACAGCAUUCAGUAAGCUGGAACCUCUAACCAUGCUAAGUUACGCCGGCUAUAUUGCUUUGCAUUCCACUGGCAUGCUAAUUUUAUUGUCAUUUGUUUGGUGCUGGUGCUCAUGGCUUGACUUCGUGGAUGCGUUACUCGAGCAUUUGUUGCUUUUAAAUUUACAGAUGAAGUGAGUCUCAGUUCUGACAGAACUUACCAGAUGUGUUCACAUUUUUUGCGUAUCUGUAUUAUAUAUUGUGUGUUAUUUACACAUGCAAUUGCUUGCUGGUUGUUUAGUAAGUUUUCUGUACUGUCUUAACGAUAGGACAGUAUCAUUGUGCUGCUCAUUUGAGCACACUUUCCUAGUGUUUUUGUUAAUAUGUGACUCACCCUAUCUUGAUGCAAUAUGAAAGUAUUUACUCUGUUUGAAUGUAGCACUAUUUUAUGUUGUUGUAUUCUUUGCAUUUACUUUAUUAUAAUACUCCUAUAACAAGAAUUUACAUUUUGUACUUGAAAGCAUAUUUAUUUUUAUAUGGCUGCAGUGAAUGUGUGUAACAUGCUUCCUGGAAAAAUGGAAUCCAUCUUUAUAUACAGGUUUAAAGGAACACGAGAGAAACAGUCUAAUAAAGUAUUAACUUUAUUUACACUUUAUUUAAAGGAAGGAAAUUAUUAGACGACAAGGUGAAGGCUGAAGUCAUCUUCUAGCUCAUCUGUGUCUUUUGGGCUGUUUUUAGUAUGGAACCUAGCCAAUUAGGCCAAGUCAUCACAUUCCUGAAUUUCCUUUUUUGAAUUUAUUGCGAGUAUUGUGAAGCUCAUGGCAUCACGAAAUAAUUGAUUCCUCUCUAUUUGCUCAUAUUUAGAGCAUUUUCAUGCGUGUAAAGUUUAGAAAAAACAAUGUCCAGGUUGAGCUUAUGCCUACUGCUGGUGCAAUGUAAUCCUUCACUGUCAGUAAAGAAUUGCCUGUCCCCAAGCAAACACUGCCAAGAUCUCCAAUGUCACUGGGAACUUUUGUGGGAAUAUCGAGGUGGUGUUGCCACUUGUCCUUCAUGUUUGUAUCCCUCCUGGCUCCUAGUAAGACGAACCUAUCUGGUAUGCAUGAGGGAUAAUAUAUACCAAUAAAGCUUGACCUAGUGCAUUUCUUUAUCAUAACUUUAAGGAGCAUACACAUCGAAUAGGUCGUUGUGAAUAUGUUAUGAAUAGAUAUACAGUGAUUUUAAUUUGGAAUGGGACUCUACCUGCUAUGGAAGAAGGUAAUAAAUUAGGAGAGAGCAUUAUGUCACUCAACCAGCUUUGGCAAGUGAGCUCACUGAGAAGCCAUUACCCUUGCUUUUUCCUUCACAGCAUUGGCCCAUCACGUGACCUCUGAGACUCGGCGUAUCGGCUGAGAGUGUUUGGGUCCUGGUAGUUUAUAAUAGAUGUGCAUUUGUUCGGCUGUCCUGUCGUAGCUCUGCCUGCUGAAGAAGAGCACUAAAUCCUACCGCGCACUCUGACGUGAUGAUUACAUGUCGGACCGAUACGUUCGGCGUCAUUUGUGUUCCCCAAUGCUCUCUCCUAAUUCUUUCCUUUCUCCAUGAUCGGGUGCGCUGACUCUGUUGCUCUGGAAUUCUAAGAAUGUUGUGUUGAGGUUUCUUGGUUCAUUAUAAUAGAAGUAGAGUUUAAUGGCCACAUAAUUCAAGGUUGUCCUGCAGUGGACAUAAAUGUAGUCUGGUGAUGAUGAUGGUAAUGAAUUCAAGGUAGCCUCAUGUGCAUGUAAUCAUCUGCAUAACUUCAUUUCCCCGAUUCUGUGGCAUUGUCUAUUUGAGCACAAGGUUUGGAGUUGAAAUCUCAGCAUUGGCAGCUGCAUUUUGAUGAGGUUAAAUUAGAGAAGAGCCAACAUACUGAUAUUUGGUGAGUGUUAAAUAACCUCAGUCAAUCAAAAAUGGUGCAGAGUGCUCCACUAUGGUGUUUUUUGCAGCCAAGUGCACUGCUCUGGGAUGACAUACGGUACCCCAAUAUGUAUUAGAAAACAUUAAGCGCUUUGGCCUGCAGCAUAAUACUGCCAUCGGACAUAACCAGAGCAUAUGUGACGCUUUCAGUGUCCUCGUUUUAACAUAAGCAGGUUAUGAGCAUGCAUCAUUUCUUUUAGAAAUGUGAAUCUAUUUAGCUGUCACUGGAAAUUUCCAGCACCAUGUGCGAGAAAUAUAAAAAAGAACUUGGGCAUGUUUAGGUCAAGGAAGACAGAUUUUGUUGCAUACGUGGAUACUGGAGUGCAUUUUCUUGUUCCCAGUUUGGUCACUGUGUGCAAUGUCGUCAUGAUUUUGAUUUGUGUGCCUAGUUUAAGGCCUAUAUAUGUAGGAGUGCUAGAUCACAUGGUCAAGUUAAUACUUGUAACAGGGGUUCUGCUUUGUUCUUUCCUGUUUGCAUUUUACUGUCCAUCACAGUAAAUGGUCAUCCUUUUAUGGGAAGGAAGUGCAUGUGUACCUAUGUCACAAUUGAUGCAGCUCGGACCAGACAGUGUUUGGCUAAUCCUGCCAGUGAUAUCCUGGACUGCUUAAGUUGAUCACAUCUGCCUUGCUUUCAGUCUAUGCACUGUACAUCAGUAUAGUGGCAUCUGACUGGUUAUGUAUCAAUGCUAAUGAAUUGACGCUGCCCUCCGUUACUUUAGCUUUAGCAGUGGAGCUUUGGUUCCAAUGAAAAUGACCUACAUUUUCCCUUUAGAGCUUUCUGCAGCCACUUGCAACACUUGAAAUAAAUUUUGUUUUUCACCUUGUAAGCUUGUCUUGCAAAAA